GCCUUUUGUGGCAGAUGAAUACAUUGAACGCCUGGCAUGGAGAACACCUGGAGGAGGUUCCAGAGGUGGAGAAGCUUUUGAUCCAAAAAGAUUAUUGGAAGAAUUUGUAAAUCAUAUCCAAGAAUUACAGGUAAUGGAUGAAAGGAUUCAGAGAAAAGUGGAGAAACUAGAACAGCAAUGCCAGAAGGAAGCAAAGGAAUUUGCCAAGAAAGUACAAGAACUGCAGAAAAGCAACCAGGUUGCCUUCCAACAUUUCCAAGAACUAGAUGAGCACAUCAGCUAUGUAGCAACUAAGGUCUGUCACCUUGGAGACCAACUGGAAGGGGUAAACACACCACGGCAACGGGCUGUGGAGGCUCAGAAGCUGAUGAAAUACUUUAAUGAGUUUCUGGAUGGAGAGUUGAAGUCUGAUGUUUUUACAAACUCUGAAAAGAUUAAAGAGGCAGCUGAUAUUAUUCAGAAACUGCAUUUGAUUGCGCAGGAACUGCCUUUUGACAGGUUUUCUGAAGUAAAAUCAAAGAUAGCAAGUAAGUACCAUGAUUUAGAGUGCCAGCUAAUUCAAGAGUUUACCAGUGCACAGAGGAGAGGUGAAAUCUCCAGAAUGAGAGAAGUAGCAGCAGUUCUGCUUCAUUUUAAGGGCUACUCCCAUUGCGUUGAUGUGUAUAUAAAACAGUGUCAAGAGGGUGCAUUCCUGAGGAAUGAUGUCUUUGAAGAUGCAGCCAUUCUCUGCCAGCGAGUGAAUAAGCAAGUUGGAGAGGUCUUCAGCAACCCAGAGACUGUGCUAGCCAAACUCAUUCAAAAUAUCUUUGAAGUUAAACUUCAGAGUUAUGUGAAGGACCAGCUAGAAGAGCACAGGAGGUCAGAUGCAGAACAGUAUCUUAAGAAUCUCUAUGAUCUAUAUACAAGAACUACUAGCCUGUCAAGCAAAUUGAUGGAAUUUAACUUGGGUACUGAUAAGCAGACUUUCUUGUCUAAGCUUAUCAAAUCCAUUUUCAUUUCCUACUUGGAGAAUUACAUUGAGGUGGAAAUUGGUUAUCUGAAAAGUAGGAGUGCUAUGAUUCUGCAGCGCUACUAUGAUUCCAAAAACCACCAGAAGAGGUCCAUUGGCACUGGGGGGAUCCAGAUCCACAAAAGGACUGAAGCAAAAUUAAGCAUUCAAGACCUCAAAGAGAGAAUACGGCAACGUACAAACUUACCACUGGGGCCAAGUAUUGACACACAUGGAGAAACUUUCCUGUCUCAAGAAGUGGUGGUUAACCUCUUGCAAGAAACUAAACAAGCUUUUGAAAGAUGUCACAGGCUCUCUGAUCCUUCUGACUUACCGAAGAAUGCUUUCAGAAUUUUUUCAAUGCUUGUAGAGUUCUUAUGUACUGAACACAUCGAUUAUGCAUUAGAAACAGGCCUUGCUGGUAUUCCCUCUUCUGAUUCAAAGAAUGCAAAUCUUUAUUUCUUGGAUGUUGUUCACCAGGCCAAUACUAUUUUCCAUUUAUUUGACAAGCAGUUCAAUGAUCAUCUGAUGCCAUUGAUCAGUUCCUCUCCUAAAUUGUCUGAAUGCCUUCAGAAAAAAAAGGACAUCAUAGAACAAAUGGAAGUGAAGCUGGAUAUGGGCAUUGAUAGGACACUGAAUUGUAUGAUUGGACAGAUGAAGCAUAUCUUGGCUGCAGAGCAAAAGAAGACAGAUUUUAAACCAGAAGAUGAAAACAAUGUUUUGAUUCAGUAUACUAAUGCUUGUGUUAAAGUCUGUGGCUAUGUUAGAAAGCAAGUGGAAAAGAUUAGAAACUCUAUGGAUGGUAAGAACGUGGACACAGUUUUGAUGGAGCUUGGAGUUCGUUUUCACCGACUUAUUUAUGAGCACCUACAGCAAUAUUCCUACAGUUGCAUGGGAGGCAUGUUAGCUAUUUGUGAUGUGGCUGAAUAUAGGAAGUGUGCCAAAGACUUCAAGAUUGCACUGGUGUUACAGCUCUUUGAUACUUUGCAUGCACUUUGCAAUCUUCUGGUUGUAGCCCCAGAUAAUUUAAAGCAAGUUUGCUCGGGAGAACAACUUGCUAAUCUGGACAAGAACAUCCUUCACUCCUUUGUUCAGCUACGUGUUGAUUAUAGGUCUGCUCGUCUUGCUCGUCACUUCAGCUGAGAGCGUGGAAGGAAAUGUACCUUUGGGGAGGCCUCAGCUGUUAGAAAGCACAGGGAAUGAUUUCUUACCAAACCAGGGUUGUAACUUUUGUGGGAUAAUGAUUGUUCAGAAUAAAGCAGCGGCCAUAUUUAAACAUGACUAUGUAGAAGGUGAGCAGGUAAAAAUCUGAAUGGUAUUUCCUGUAAGCUGAAGAUCUCCUGGUGAAUGAUACUGCAAAUCUACUUGCUGCUGAUUUUAUUAUUUUUUUUUUCAAAUUGGAAACAUGUCGGUGUAUGAAGCAAGUGGUGCAUUGGAAGUAUUUUAGUCUUCAAUAUUGAAUUAUCAGAUACCAUUUGUUAGACUUGAAGUACAGAGCAUAGCGUAGGUAAUGGAUUACAUAGAACAGACCAGUGUAAAAACAUUCUUCAUCAAUUUUAAUGACUUAGACUUCAGCACAGCUAAUAAUAAUCAAAUUAUCUUUGAUUGGUGUUUCUAAGUAGUUUCUUUCAUUUAAAACGUUAUCCUACUC